AUGGAGUUCUCACGGCUCCCCCUUCUCCCCAUCCCAGCCUCGAUCCGCCGUCGGCUACCCCGACUAUACCCGUCGCAUAGGGCUGGCUCCGAUGGCGACUCGGGCGGGGCAUUGCGGCACUCGUCGUCUGAGCCGCAUCUGCCAGUCCACGGGCACCCUACAGAGAUCUCAGUUGAGAUGCAACGGCCUUCAACAGCGAGUGAUGAUCUAGAAUUUGAGUCUGGGUCCGGUGGGUCUACUCCUCCUGGUGAGGAGACAAGUCUUCCGGCAAAGUAUGAGACGGAAUCGGGAUUGCGCUGGAACCGAGUAGUACCUGCUUUCAACCUUCUCCGCAAUGCAGGUUACGAGGCGCAACAGCCUCGCGCUGAUGGCCGACUGGCUCGGUCCCUAUAUAUCAACGCGGUCAUGUAUCUGCUCGAUGCGCUGCCCACGGACCUGACCGCUGAAGAAACAAACAUGAUUCAACUCCGACUGCCACAGCCCGUCAAGACUUCCAUACUGGCAGAGCCUGAGCCUCGUCUUGCGCGUCUGGAGGGACCUGUAGGCUCGAGGCCUGAUCCUCCCGCUAGGUCAUACCUGCAUAGGCUUCUUGCAUCUAUCAUUGUGCAGGUAUUUCUCAUCGUGCGGUUUAUCCUGCCUUACGUCAAAUUAUUCUUGCGGCAGGUUUAUGAAUACGAGCGCUCGCAUCAUCUAACUGAGCGAAUUUUCACGACGACCUUAGAUGCGGCGGACGGACUCGGCAAAAGCGGUCUCAAUAUUGGGUCUGCGGUCUGCAAAUUAAAUGAAGGGAGGGUUGGGGCUGCAGUGGGGAACCUUGCAGCGUGGUGGGUUGAAGGUAUUGCCGGUGGGGUAUAUGAAGGGGUCGGAGAAGGUAUGAUGCAUUUGGGCUUGUUGAGACCGGGGUUAGAGCUUGAUAGACUGGAAUUGCAAGUAGACAGGCGUUAA